AUGCACGUCUUAUCAUUAUUCUUCGUGCUCCACGCAUCCCUUGCGAUCGCCGCCACUACGUUAGAGGAUCUGACAGCCUGUCUUCAGACUGCUUCCGUUCCCAUUGGCUCCUCCCUCACCCCUUACAAUCUACGCAUUCCCGUCAAGCCGAUUCUUGUUGCGGUCCCUACAACAGUUGCGCAAGUAUCUUUGGCGGUAUCCUGCGGGGUCAAGUAUGGAGUCCAUGUCAAUGCUAAGAGCGGCGGACAUAGCUACACGUCUUCCGGCUUUGGCGGAGAGGAUGGCCACCUGGUGAUCAAUAUGGACCGCAUGUAUUCGGUAACCGUUGCAAGUGACGGUACUGCUAAAGUCCAAGCCGGAGCUAGGUUGGGCCACGUCGCGACUGAGCUUUACAAUAAUGGAAAGAGAGCUAUCUCUCAUGGCACAUGUCCAGCUGUCGGUAUUGGAGGUCACGCUCUACAUGGAGGUCACGGCAUGGUCUCUCGAAAGUAUGGCUUCGCUAUGGAUUGGAUAAAGGCAGCAACCGUUGUCCUCGCCAAUGGCACUAUCACACGCUGCUCCGCGACCGAAAGACCAAAUUUGUUCUGGGGCAUUCGUGGCGCCGGUUCAUCGAUGGUCAUCGUUGUCGAGCUUGAACUGAACACAUUUGUCGCGCCGGAGAAGAUGACGUACUUCGACAUCGACGUCGCAUGGGACACGCAAAAGCUUCCCCAACAACUUCUGGAUGCACAGGAAUUUGCCAAAAGGAUGCCAGCAGAGCUUACCUUAUCUGUGAGCUUCAACAACGAUGGGUGCUAUCUCAACGGUGGUUUCGUCGGGGACGAUGCGGCUUUCAAGACGGCAAUCCAGCCCUUGUUGACGAAAUUGGGAGUGAAGGUUUCCAGUUCCAAGACAGUCGGCUGGAUCGAAUUCAUCAAGCACUAUGCUGGUGUUACAGAUAUCGACAUUACUACCGGCAGCUACAACGAGCAUGAUAACUCGUACGCUUCGAGCCUCACAACUCCCGCAUUAUCAAAGCCAAACUUUCAAUCUCUAGUCAACGCGAUUGAUAAAUCAGGAUUUUCUGUCAGCCGCUCCUGGUACAUCCACAUGAACCUUCACGGAGGUGACCUCUCCGCUAUUUCGAAACCGAUCGACGCAGCCUAUGCUCACAGAGACAAGAUGCUUCUCUUUCAGCUCAAGGACAGUGUCUCUCAAAGCCAGACUUAUCCAUCGACUGGUUUUGCACUCCUGCAGGGAUUCCGGCAGAGCAUUACAAGCGGACUUCAGAGUGGACAGUGGGGCAUGUACGCAAACUACCCCGACUCUCAGAUAUCCGGGGACGAAGCGCCAAAGCUUUACUAUGGGAGCAACCUUAGAAGGCUCGAAUGGAUCAAGGAAGAUUAUGAUCCCACAAAUGUGUUCAGAGACAACCAGUCUAUAAAGCCUGCAGAGUAG